AUGACAGCUAUGGUUCUUCCGGCUCUCGACUUCCCGGUGGCGCAGAUCACUGAGCCCCAAGGUGCGCGACCUCACUUCGUCCAUGAAUUGAUCACUCGCUUGGACCGCUACUGCCUGAUUCGAGUGAACGGGACCCCUGCCUCCGGGAAGACCACGAUGAUGAAUCUCGAAGAGGCAAGGGUCGAGAAAGCCGGCGGCUGGACCCUUUAUCUGAAAGCACUGGUCGGGGUCCCCGGACGUUCGCUCCGGAAUCAUCCGUGUUACAUCCUGGUGGACGAGGCACACGAAUCAUACUGGGACAAGCAGCUAUGGGGUGCGCUCUUCAAGUCCUGCGGGCCCGGCGACGCGGCGAGGAUCGUCCUGUUCACCCGCUACGGCACGACCGAAGGCUAUGACCAUCAGCCGGAGAAGGUCUUUCAAGACCCCAAUGACCUUCCUUCCGCACCAGCAGAUAUCACUCCGGCCGGAGGCGAUGGACCCAGAGUGGAAGCCGAUUGGCUUGCUGCUUGA